UCUGCUGUGUGUGACUCGGCCAGCUGCCAGUUCUCUCCAAUGUCAUUCUCCAGGCGGAAAUGACACGAUGGAAGCAUCCCCUGCACCCCUCUAUCAGUGGGCUUGCCUCUCAUACAUUUAGGGAGUCCUAUACCUGAGUCGCGUGACUCCGCCCCCGUGUCACAGCCAUUCAUAUAUAUAGAGGCCGCGCUCCUCCGGCCUGUCAUAGACAGCAGCGUGCUAUAGGAGAAGGGGCGGGGCCUAGUGACAGCUGGAGGCGGGGAUUAGUUCCUGGCACAGGGUCAUCGGAUGGUAGAAACCGUGUGUCAGAAACAUGGCGCCUAACUCAGCUCUACAAGCAGCUAUAGAUCUCACUGCCGGAGCGAUAGGUGGAACAGCAUGUGUCCUUGUUGGACAGCCAUUAGACACGGCUAAGGUUAAAAUGCAGACAUUCCCCACCAUGUACAGAGGACUGAUAGACUGUGCAGGGAAGGUUUACAAGCAGGUGGGCUUCCGAGGAUUCUACAAAGGGACCAGCCCAGCCCUUCUUGCCAACAUUGCCGAAAACUCCGUACUUUUCAUGAGCUAUGGCUUCUGUCAGAGGAUUGUGAAGAAUAUUGCUGGCUUAGACAAAAAUGCAGCACUAAGUGACCUCCAAUAUGCGACUGCAGGCUCGUUUGCCAGCUUUUUUUCCGCCCUGGUUCUAUGUCCGACGGAGCUGGUGAAAUGCCGCCUACAGGCCAUGCAUGAAUUGCAAGUGUCUGGCAAGAUCAUUCAGGAACAAAAUACAGUGUGGGCAGUGCUGAAAGGCAUUAUGCAGAAGGAAGGUCCCUUUGGCUUGUACCGGGGUCUGGUCAGCACAAUAUGCAGAGAAAUGCCUGGAUACUUCGUCUUCUUUGGCGGAUACGAGUUUAGCAGAUCACUCUUAACUUCAGAUGGAAAAUCAAAGGAUGAGCUUGGUCCAGUACCAUUGAUGAUCAGCGGUGGAUGUGGAGGGUGCGCUCUGUGGCUUGUUAUAUAUCCUUUAGACUGUAUCAAGUCCAGGAUCCAGGUCCUCUCCAUCACAGAGAAGCAAGCCGGCUUCCUGGGGACAUGUUCCAGUAUUGUGAAGAAUGAAGGAUUCCUGGCAUUAUACUCGGGACUGAAGCCUACACUGAUCCGCGCUUUCCCAGCCAACGCCAUCCUCUUCCUGGUCUUUGAGUACAGCAGGAAACUGAUGAUGCAGCGGGCAGAGUCCUAUUGAUCUGCAGCUCAUAUUGCCUGCCGGGAUAUGUAUUAUCUAAGGGUUAGGAUGCAAUACUGCACACUACAUGUCACCUGUGUGAGCUGACGCUGGUGCUGGGUGUCCACUAAUGUCUGGUGAAAGCGAAUCAUUUUAUUCCGCCUUUCAUUAGACUUAUUACAAAGUCUCAGAGAUCAGAGAGAUAUUACUGUCUAAUGUUGGCUUUACCAGGCUAUGUUGCAAAUUUCCAGUAUUUGCCCAAUUAUCAAUCACCAAGAAGUUCUUUGCAACAAGACCGACAUCUACAUUUUAUUCUGUUAUAUCAACAGAAGAAUUUGCGAUAGUAACUUGUCCAAAUGACCUGUUUGUAAAAAGUUUUAAUUGUGUUAGGUUUUGGAAAAAAACUAUAGUUUCCAGUGUAUUGGAAGCUUUUUAUUUUUAUGUUUAAUGUUAAAUUCAGAUGCUACCACUCCACCUGGCUAAGCCCUGCACCUUGUGGCAAGUCUAGAGUCUGGGCACUUGUGUGUCUGCAGGAUGACAGGCAUUAAAGUCACAAGCUUUUCCUGUGCCUCCCCUAGAGGGCGCCCUCAGACAUAUUGUCCUCCUGCCCUUAUCUCAGGAAUGGCUCUAUGUGUGUGUAAUGAUUAAAUCAAGGAUGCCCAACCAGUGGCCCAGGGGCCACAUGUGGCCCACAGAGCCCUCUGAUGUGGCCCACGACCUCCU